GGGAGGUCAUGGCCGCAUUUAACGACCGAGCUUUUAGGCGUGCAUUGACGAAACAUCUUUUUUCUUGAAGAAGUGUCUCUUUUCUUUAAUUAAGCCAUAUAUGUUUUAUUGUUAUAUUUUCCUUUUUGUUUUUUUUAUGUUAUAUUUUUCUCUUUGUUCGGUAUGAUCUAGACAAAGUUUCUUUUAAACUUUCAUCAUCACCAAGUCAGUUUUAAGAUCAAGGACUAAAUAAAAUUACUACUACUACUACUACUACUACAAUACCAUGAAAACAAACAAGUUUUGGCAGCAAGAAAUUCCUCUCUAAAUAGCGUUUCUUGAGACAGUUCGGACGCUAAUUUCACCAUGUUUUACCUGGCUUUCUCUUCGGGAACAUGAUGCACUUCAUUUCAAGCUUAGUUAGAGAUUAAACUUAACUUUUUAGAAAAAUUUUUCCGUUUUGAGUAUAACAGAGUGCAUAUUAGCGUCCAGCUGCCCACGACCUUUCGUUGUAGAAAUUCGAAUUUUUUAAACUUCGCAACCAGGAAUAUCAAAUCUAAAACAUGAAAAUCAGGAAAAGCUCAAAAAAAGACACUCAAAAUCAGCAUGGCUUAGAAGAAAAAAGAGCAGAAACGAGGCAGAAAAUAUGGCAAAAAUCAGACCUGUUAUGACCUUCACCUUCGGUUAGAUCAUAUCAUCACUUCUGCUGUUCUUCUUAUAAACAUGCAUAUAUAUACGUUUGCGCGUUAUUCUCCAUGUUCUGGGAUUUUCCCCAUAUAUAACAUUUGUUCACUGACCAACAGACAAGAAAACAAGGCUUACAGAUUUGUAUCUGUGAUACAACUUACACACUAUAUACCAUGUUUUUACACUCUACAUUUGUGUAACCUUUAUGUGCAUUUUAGCUUCAGUUUCAGCCAUAAUAACAACAAAUAUGGGAUCAACGACAACAAGCACAGUGACAUCGGCACUCUCUUUUCCUAUUGCAUUAACAUCCGCUCCUCUUAAUGCUUCAUCAUCAUCGCCCGCCAUAACAGUAUCAUCGACUCUGGUGUUACCUCUGGCAUUAACAAAGUCGAUUACAUCUCUAAUAUUAGAAGCUGGAACUGGAGUGGCAUAUCAGACAACGAAUCUGUCACAAGAUAAAAAGACCACAUUCAAACCCUUAAGGCAUUUUCGUUUCGUUAUAGCAACAAGUAGUUCCUUAUUUCCAUCAGCGUCCACAAACAUCAUACCAAACGCUGCAACAGCAACGAUCACCAACGCUUCGUUACCUUCAACGACGCCCGCGAUAUCAACCACCAGUAUAGGCGUUAUAUUCGGUACAACAGAAUCUAACAGCACAAAUGCCACACCACCAAAGUCCAGAACAUUAGCGAUAACGACACCCGGCAGUACGAGCGAUAUCAAUUAUGCACCGAUCACGAUGAACACUCAAACACCCACAACAACGACGGCAGAUACAGGCAACAAAGACAGUACAGCAUCAUCGAUGUAUUCAAAUGUUACCCUCUCAGCUGCAGCAACAUCUGUGCAACCUAGCGUGAAUGUCACCACCGGUACUGACAGCACUCUGACCCCUAUCGGUCCAACCAUUACUCUCCCAACAUCAACCUUUUCGGUAUUCACGAACAAUGCGUGGACCACCGGAAGCGCAGCAGCUUCCGCACCUGACAAUUCGAGCGAUAGCAAUGAUACACGCGCAACGACGAACUCUCAAACACUCGCUAUAACCAUAUCAGAUAUAGGCAACAAAGAUAGUACCGCAUCAUCGACGUAUUCAAAUGUCACCCUUUCAGCUGCAGCAACAUCUGUGCAACCUAGCGUGAAUGCCAUCGUUGGUACCGACAGCACUCUGACGCCUAUCGGUCCAACCAUCACUCUCCCAAGCGCAGCAGCGUCGACACCUGACAAUACGAGCGAUAGCAAUGAUACACCCGCAACGACGAACUCCCAAACACCCACAAUAACGACGGCAGAUAUAGGCAACAAAGACAGUACAGCAUCAUCGAUGUAUUCAAAUGUUACCCUAUCAGCUGCAGCAACAUCUGUGCAACCUAGCGUGAAUGCCACCGUUGGUACCGACAGCACUUCGACGCCUAUCGGUCCAACCAUUACUCUCCCAACAUCAACCUUUUCGGUAUUCACGAGCAAUGCGUGGGCCACCAAAAGCGCAGCAGCUUCUGCACCUGACAAUACGAGCGAUAGCAACGAUACACGCGCAACGACGAACUCUCAAACACCCACAAUAACGACGGCAGAUAUAGGCAACAAAGACAGUACAGCAUCAUCGAUGUAUUCAAAUGUUACCCUUUCAGCUGCAGCAACAUCUGUGCCACCUAGCGUGAAUGUCACCACUGGAACCGACAGCACUCUGACGCCUAUCCGUCCAACCAUUACUCUCCUAACAUCAACCUUUGCAGCAUUUAGCAGCAAUGCGUGGGCCACCGGAAGCACAGCAGCUUCGGCACCUGACAAUUCGAGCGAUAGCAAUGAUACACCUACUACCACGAACUCUCAACCACCCACAAUAACGACGGCAGAUAUACGCAACAACGAUAGUACAGCAUCACCGAUGUAUACAAAUGUCACCCUCUCAGCUGCAGCAACAUCUGUGCAACCUAGCGUGAAUGUCACCACUGGUACCGACAGCACUCUGACGCGUAUCGGUCCAACCAUUACUCUCCCAAGCGCAGCAGCGUCGACCCAUGACAAUACGAGCAAUAGCAAUGAUACACCCGCAACGACGAACUCUCAAACACCCACAAUAACGACGGCAGAUAUAGGCAACAACGAUAGUACAGCAUCGCCGAUAUAUACGAAUGUCACCCUCUCAGCUGCAGCAACAUCUGUGCAACCUAGCGUGAAUGUCACCACCGGUACUGACAGCACUCAGACACUUAUCAGUCCUACCAGUACUCUCCCAACAUCAUCCUUUGCAGCAUUUAGCAGCAAUGCGUGGGCCACCGGAAGCACAGCAGCUUCGGCACCUGACAAUUCGAGCGAUAGCAAUGAUACACGCGAGACGACGAACUCUCAAACACUGGCUAUAACCAUAUCAGAUAUAGGCAACAAAGACAGUACAGCAUCAUCGAUGUAUUCAAAUGUUACCCUUUCAGCUGCAGCAACAUCUGUGCCACCUAGCGUGAAUGUCACCACUGGAACCGACAGCACUCUGACCCCUAUCGGUCCAACCAUUACUCUCCCAACAUCAACCUUUUCGGUAUUCACGAGCAAUGCGUGGGCCACCGGAAGCGUAGCAUCUUCCGCACCUUACAAUACGAGCGAUAGCAAUGAUACACGCGCAACGACGAACUCUCAAACAGCCACAAUAACGACCGCAGAUAUAGGCAACAAAGACAGUACAGCAUCCUCGAUGUAUUCAAAUGUCACCCUUUCAGCUGCAGCAACAUCUGUGCAACCUAGCGUGAAUCUCACCACGGGUACCGACCGCACUCAUACAUCUGUGGGUCCACCCGGUGCUAUGCCAACAUCAAAUUUUUCAGUACUGACCAGCACUGCGUGGAUCUCCGCAAGCAUCGUGUGGGCCGCCCGAAGCACCGCACCCUCGGCACCCGACAAUAUGAGCGAUAUCAAUGAUAGCACGAACUCUCAAGCACCCACAUUAACGACGGCAGAUAUAGGCAACAAAGACAGUACAGCAUCAUCGCUGUCUUCAAAUGUCAAUCAGACACCUGUAAGUCCAGCAAGUACUACCACAACAUCAAACCUUUCAGCAUUCACCAGCACUGUAUGGGCCGCCGGAAGCACCGCACCUUCGGCACCCGACAAUACGAGCGAUAUCGAUGAUACACCCACAACGACGAACUCUCAAACACCCACAAGAACGACGGCAGAUAUAGGCAACAAAGACAGUACAGCAUCACCGAUGUAUACAAAUGUCACCCUCUCAGCUGCAGCAACAUUUGUGCAACGUAGCGUGACUGCCACCGUUGGUACCGACGGCACUCAGACACUUAUCAAUCCUACCAGUACUCUCCCAACAUCAACCUUUCCAGCAUUUAGCAGCAAUGCGUGGGCCACCGGAAGCGCAGCACCUUCGACACCUGACAAAACGAGCGAUAGCAAUGAUGACCUCGCAACCACGAACUCUCAAACACCCACAAUAACGACGGCAGAUAUAAGCAACAACGAUAGUACAGCAGCACCGAUGUAUGCAAAUGUCACCCUUUCAGCUGCAGCAACAUCUGUGCAACCUAGCGUGAAUGCCGCCGCUGGUACCGACAGCACUCUGACGCCUAUCGGUCCAACGAUUACUCUCCCAACAUCAACCUUUUCGGUAUUCACGAGCAACGUGUGGGCCACCGGAAGCACAGCAGCUUCGGGCCACAGCAAUGAUGACAAUUCGAGCCAUAGCAAUGAUACACGCGCAACGGCGAACUCUCAAACACUCGCUAUAAGCAUAUCAGAUAUAGGCAACAAAAAUAGUACCGCAUCAUCCAUGUAUACAAAUGUCACCCUCUCAGCUGCAGCAACAUCUGUGCAACCUAGCGUGAAUCCGACCGCGGGUACCGACGGCACUCAGACAUCUGUGAGUCCUCCCGGUACUAUGCCAACAUCAAACUUUUCAGUACUGACCGGCACUGCGUGGAUCUCCGCAAGCACCGCCGCUUCGGCACCUGACAAUACGAGCGAUAGCACUGAUACACUCGUAACGACGAACUCCCAAACACUCCCAAUAACAACGGCAGAUGUAGGCAACAACGAUAGUACAGCAUCAUCGAUGUAUACAAAUGUCACCCCUUCCGCUGCAGCAACAUCUGUGCAACCUAGCGUGAAUGUCACCGCUGGUGCCGACAGCACUCAGACACUUAUCAGUCCUACCAGUACUCUCCCAACAUUUGCAGUAUUUACCAGCAAUGCGUGGGCCACCGGAAGCGCAGCAGCUUCGACACCUGACAAUGCGAGCGAUAGCAAUGAUGCACUUGCAAGCACGACAUCUGUGAGUCCUCCCGGUACUAUGCCAACAUCAAACUUUUCAGUACUGACCAGCACUGCGUGGAUCUCCGCAAGCACCGCCGCUUCGGCACCUGACAAUACGAGCGAUAGCACUGAUACACUCGUAACGACGAACUCCCAAACACUCCCAAUAACAACGGCAGAUGUAGGCAACAACGAUAGUACAGCAUCAUCGAUGUAUACAAAUGUCACCCCUUCCGCUGCAGCAACAUCUGUGCAACCUAGCGUGAAUGUCACCGCUGGUGCCGACAGCACUCAGACACUUAUCAGUCCUACCAGUACUCUCCCAACAUUUGCAGUAUUUACCAGCAAUGCGUGGGCCACCGGAAGCGCAGCAGCUUCGACACCUGACAAUGCGAGCGAUAGCAAUGAUGCACUUGCAAGCACGACAUCUGUGAGUCCUCCCGGUACUAUGCCAACAUCAAACUUUUCAGUACUGACCAGCACUGCGUGGAUCUCCGCAAGCACCGCCGCUUCGGCACCUGACAAUACGAGCGAUAGCACUGAUACACUCGUAACGACGAACUCCCAAACACCCACAAUAACGACGGCAGAUGUAGGCAAUCAAGACAGUGCAGCAUCAUCGAUGUAUUCCAAUGUCACCCCUUCCACUGCAGCAACAUCUGUGCAACAUAGCGUGAAUGUCACCGCGAAUGGUACCGACAGCACUCAGACCCGUAUCAGUACUGUGUCAACAUCAAACUUGUUCGUGUUGACCAGCACUGUCGGGGCCGCCGGAAGCACAGCUGCGUCGGCACCUGACAAUACGAGCGAUAUCAAUGAUAGCACGAACUCUCAAACACCCACAAUAACUACGGCAGAUAUAGGCAACAAAGACAGUACAGCAUCAUCGCUGUCUUCAAAUGUCAAUCAGACACCUAUGACUCCAACAAGUACUAUCUCAACAUCAAACUUUUCAGUAUUCACCGGCACUGUGUGGGCCGCCGGAAGCACCGCGCCUUCGGCACCCGACAAUAGGAGCGAUAUCAAUGAUACACCUACUACCACGAACUCUCAACCACCCACAAUAACGACGGCAGAUAUACGCAACAACGAUAGUACAGCAUCACCGAUGUAUACAAAUGUCACCCUUUCAGCCGCAGCAACAUCUGUGCAACCUAGCGUGAAUGUCACCACCGGUACUGACAGCACUCAGACACCUAUGGGUCCAACCAGUACUCUCCCAACAUCAACCUUUGCAGUAUUUACCAGCAAUGCGUGGGCCACCGGAGGCGCAGCACCUUCGAUACCUGACAAAACCAGCGAUAGCAAUGAUCCACUCGCAACCACGAACUCUGAAACACCCACAAUAACGACGGCAGAUAUAGGCAACAAAGACAGUACAGCAUUAUCGCUGUCUUCAAAUGUCAAUGAGACACCUAUAAGUCCAACAAGUACUAUCUCAACAUCAAACUUUUCGACAUUCACCAGCACUGUGUGGGCUGCCGGCAGCACCGCACGUUCGACACACGACAAUACAAGCGAUAUCAAUGAUACACCCACAACGACGAACUCUCAAACACCCAUAAUAACGACGGCAGACCUAGGCAACAACGAUAGUACAGCAUCACCGAUGUAUACAAAUGUCACCCUCUCGGCUGCAGCAACACCUGUGCAACCUAGCGUGAAUGUCACCACCGGUACCGACAGCACUCAGACACCUAUUGGUCCAACCGGUACCCUCCCAACGUCAACCUUUGCAGUAUUUACCAGCAAUGCGUGGGCCACCGGAAGCGCAGCAGCUUCGACACCUGACAAAACGAGCGAUAGCAAUGAUACACGCGCAACUACGAACUCUCAAACACUCGCUAUAACCAUAUCAGAUAUAGGCAACAAAGAUAGUACCGCAUCAUCCAUGUAUACAAAUGUCACCCUCUCAGCUGCAGCAACAUCUGUGCAACCUAGCGUGAAUCUCACCACGGGUACCGACGGCACUCAGACAUCUGUGAGUCCUCCAGGUACUAUGCCAACAUCAAACUUUUCAGUACUGACCAGCACUGCGUGUAUCUCCGCAAACACCGCCGCUUCGGCACCUGACAAUACGAGCGAUAGCACUGAUACACUCGUAACGACGAACUCUCAAACACUCCCAAUAACCACGGCAGAUAUUGGCAACAAAGGUAGUACAACAUCAUCGAUGUAUUCAAAUAUCACCCCUCCCGCUGCAGCAGCAUCUGUGCAACCUAGCUUGAACGUCACCACUGAUAUUACCAGCACUCUGAGGCCUAUCGGUCCAACCAUUACUCUCCCAACAUCAACCUUUUCGGUAUUCACGAGCAAUCCGUGGGCCAGCGGAAGCGCCGCAGCUUCGGCACCUGACAAUACGAGCGAUGGAAAUGGUACACCCAUAACGACGAACUCUCAAACACUCGCUAUAACCAUAUCAGGUAUAGGCAACAAAGACAGUACGGCAUCAUCGCUGUCUUCAAAUGUCAAUCAGACACCUGUGAGUCCAACCGGUACUAUCUCAACAUCAAACUUUUCAGCAUUCAUUAGCACUGUGUGGGCCGCCGGAAGCACCGCACGUUCGGCACCCGACAAUACCAGCGAUAUCAAUGAUACACCGACAACCACGAACUCUCAAACACCCACAAUAACGACGGCAGAUAUACGCAACAACGAUAGUACAGCAUCACCGGUGUAUACAAAUGUCACCCUCUCAGCUGCAGCAACAUCUGUGCAACAUAGCGUGAAUGUCACCACCGGUACUGACAGCACUCAGACACGUAUUGGUCCAACCAGUACUCUCCCAACAUCAACCUUUGCAGUAUUUACCAGCAAUGCGUGGGCUACCGGAAGCGCAGCGGCUUCGACACCUGACAAUGCGAGCGAUAGCAAUGAUGCACUCGCAACCACGAACUCCCAGACACCCACAAUAACCACGGCAGAUGUAGGCAAUCAAGACAGUUCAGCAUCAUCGAUGUAUUCCAAUGUCACCCCUUCCACUGCAGCAACAUCUGUGCAACAUAGCGUGAAUGUCACCGCUGGUACCGACAGCACUCAGACACGUAUCGGUACUAUGUCAACAUCAAACUUGUUCGUGUUGACCAGCACUGUCGGGGCCGCCGGAAGCACCGCAGCGUCGGCACCUGACAAUACGAGCGAUAGCAAUGAUACCACGAACUCUCAAGCACCGACAUUAACGGCGGCAGAUAUAGGCAAGAAAGACGGUACAGCAUCAUCGCUGUCUUCAAAUGUCAAUCAGACCCCUAUGAGUCCAACCAGUACUAUCUCAACAUCAAACUUUUCAGUAUUCACCGGCACUGUGUGGGCCGCCGGAAGCACCGCGCCUUCGGCACCCGACAAUAGGAGCGAUAUCAAUGAUACUCCCAUAACGACAAACUCUGAAACACUCACAAUAACGACGGCAGAUAAUGUCGUCACCGCUGGUACCGCGAGCACUCAGACAUCUAUUAGCCCUACCGGUACUAUCUCUACGUCAAACGUUUCAGUACUGACCAGCACUGUGUGGGCCGCGGGAAGCCCCACAGCUUCGGCACCUGACAAUACGAGCGAUAGCAGUGGUAUGCCCGUGACGACGAACUCUCAAACAAUCGCAAUAACCAUAUCGGAUAUAGGCAACAACGAUAGUACAGCAUCACCGAUGUAUACAAAUGUCACCCUCUCAGCUGCAGCAACAUUUGUAGAACCUAGCGUGAAUGCCACCAUUGGUACCGACAGCACUCAGACAUCUAUGAGUCCUACCGGUACUAUGCCAACAUCAAACUUUCCAGUACUGACCAGCACUGCGUGGCCCGCCGCAAGCACCGCCGCUUGGGCACCUGACAAUACGAGCGAUAGCACUGAUACACUCGUAACGACGAACUCUCAAACACUCGCUGCAACCAUAUCAGAUAUAGACAACAAAAGUACUACAGCAUCAUCGAUGUAUACAGAUGUCACCCUUUCAGCCGCAGCAACAUCUGUGCAACCUAGCGUGAAUGUCACCACUGGUAUCGACAGCACUCAAACACGUAUGAGUCCAACAAGUACUAUCUCAACAUCAAAAUUUUCAGCAUUCAGCAGCACUGUAUGGGUCGCCGGAAGCACCGCACGUUGGGCACCCGACAAUACAAGCGAUGUCAAUGAUACACCCACAAGGACGAACUCUCAAACACCCACAAUAAUGACGGCAGAUAUAGGCAACAACGAUAGUACAGCAUCACCGAUGUAUGCAAAUGUCACCCUCUCAGGUGCAGCAACAUAUGUGCAACCUAGCGUGAUUGUCACGGCUGGUACCGACAGCACUCAGACACCUAUCAGUCCUACCAGUACUCUCCCAACAUCAACCUUUGUAGUAUUGACCGGCACUGUGUGGGCCGCCGGAAGCACCGCACCUUCGGCACUCGACAACACAAGCGAUGGCAAUGAUACACCGACAACCACGAAUUCUCAAACACCCACAAUAACGACGGCAGAUAUAGGCAACAAAGAUAGUACAACAUCAUCGAGGUAUUCAAACGUCACCUUUUCAGCUGCAGCAACAUCUGUGCAACCUAGCGUGAUGGUCACCGCUGGUACCGACAGCACUCAGACGCCUAUCAGUCCUACCAGUACUCUCCCAACAUCAACCUUUGUAGUAUUUACCAGCAAUGCGUGGGCCACCGGAAGCGCAUCAGCUUCGACACCUGGCAAUACGAGCGAUAGCGAUGAUACACCCGUAACCACGAACUCUCAAACACCCACAAUAACGACGGCAGAUAUAGGCAGCAACGAUAGUACAGCAUCAUCGAUGUAUGCAAAUGUCACCCUCUCAGCUGCAGCAACAUAUGUGCAACCUAGCGUGAUUGUCACGGCUGGUACCGACAGCACUCAGACAUCUAUCAGUCCUACCAGUUCUAUCUCAACGUCAAACUUUUCAGUAUUGACCGGCACUGUGUGGGCCGCCGGAAGCACCGCACCUUCGACAGCAGAGAAUGCGAGCGAUAGCGAUGAUACGGCGAACUCUCAAACACCCACAAUAGCGACGGCAGAUAUAGGCAACAACGACAGUACAGCAUCAUCGAUGUAUACAAGUGUCACCCUUUCAGCUGCAGCAACGUCUGUGCAACCUAGCGUGAAUGUCACCACUGAUACGGACGGCACCGUGGCACCUAUCGGUGCAACCAUUACUCUCCCAACAUCAACUUUUGCAGUAUUUACGAGCAAUGCGUGGGCCACCGGAAGCGCAGCAGGUUCUGCACCUGAAAAUAGGAGCGUUAAGAGUGAUACAGCCGUAACGUCGAACUCUCAAACACCCGCAAUAACGACGUUAGAUAUAGCGAACAAAGAUAGUACGGCAUCGUCGAUGUAUACAAAUGGCACCCUUUCAGCUGCGGGAGCAUCGGCGCCGUCGACCGUGAAUGCUCUGAGUAGUAGCGACAGUAGUUUGAUACCUAUUGUGCGAAAUAUUACGAUGUCAAUAACGGGUGUGCCGGAUUUGGGUAGCACUGGUAGCGAAGCGACAUUUGCGAGUGCAAAUGUUGCAGUUUCAACCUCACCAGCAUUUUCUGUAGUAACAGUUGCUUCAGGGAACAGUGAUGGAACACCAGCAUCUAUGAAUAUCUCUUCAGCGCCGACAGCAACAUCCUCGACACCGAUGGUCAGUAGUACCACAGGCUUAAAUACUGAUGCGGCUUCAGCAUUGCCAACUACAAAAUUCACUCUUCCGACUACAACGGCAACAGUACUUGUAACGACGGGCACUGUCACUAGUACAGCGGCAUCAACAAAUACCGCAACAUCGUUAACUGUCACUCUUUCAACUUCUCAAACAUCCGUGUUAACGACAGUGAUUAGCACACUGCCAUUCACUACAGUCGUUACUAUUAUUACAACUACAACGCCGACAACCGUGUCAACCGCAGUGGUGGCGACGACAGCCACAAGUAGUAUGACAACCACAACAUCAUCAGCUGCUACUCUUCCAACUACAACUAGUAACAUUGCAACAACCACAGCAUCCACUACACCUGUUACGAUUCCCACAACCACACCAACGACAAUAACAUCAUCAGCAGCUGCGAUAACGACAGUGUCAAGUACUUCAUGUACUGCGGGUUUAUCAUGGAACUCGACUGGCAUAACUAUUGCAGGUGUAACUGGAAUGAAUGGUGUUACUUCGACUCAACUUUCAUACGUAAAUGAUGUAGCUAUUGACAGUUACCAAAACCUGUACAUAGCAGAUACGGAUAAUCAACGUAUUCAACGAUAUGCAUCAGGUGCAGCAACGGGUAUGACUGUUGCCACUGGCUUUAGCUGGCCACGUGCUAUAUUUAUUGGUCCAAAUGAUACAUUAUACGUAUCAGAUGUUAAUAACAAUCGUAUACAAAAAUUUUAUUAUAAUUCGACGACUGGUAUAACAGUAGCCGGAGGUAAUGGUGCUGGUGCGGCAUCCAACCAAAUAAACGUGUGUUAUGGUAUGUACGUUGAUAAAAACGGUACAAUAUAUUAUUCAGAUUAUUAUAACAAUCGUAUUAUGAAAUGGAUUGUUGGCAGUACAACAGGAAUAGUCGUGGCUGGCAAUAAUGGUCAAGGGAAUGCAGCAAAUCAGUUUAAUAAUCCACAAGGAAUUUGGAUAGAUCAACAAAAUCCAUCAAUUCUAUAUGUUGCUGAUGAGGGUAAUAAUCGUGUACAGAAAUGGAUUCUUGGUGCUACAAGUGGUACAACGGUAGCCGGUGGAAAUGGACAGGGUACAGCCUUAAAUCAACUUAAUGGCCCACGUAAUGUUAUCAGUGAUAUCUAUGGAUAUUUAUAUAUAACAGAUGUAUCUAAUCAUCGUAUAUUGCAAUGGCAAGUUGGUGCAAUAAAUGGUACUGUAAUUGCUGGUACAAGUGGUAUACCCGGUAGUACAUUAACAACAUUAGAUUUUCCAAAUGGUAUAGCAUUUGAUGUACAAAGAAACCUUUAUGUAGGUGAUUCAACUAAUUAUCGUGUGCAAAAAUAUUUCGUAUGUACAGUACUACCACCACAACUAGUACAACAACUACUACCAGUACUACCACCACAACUAGCACACCAACUACUACCAGCACUACCUCCACAACUAGUACACCAACUACUACCAGUACUACCACCACAACUAGCACAACAACUAGUACAACAACUACUACCAGUACUACCACUACUUCAACAACAACAACGCCGACAUCAACUACAACGACCGUCACUAGCACAACCAAGACGACCACACCAACUACUAUACGUAGGCGAACCAAAUAUGUAUUAUCCGUCCCAAAAUAUAAGACGUGUGAUUGUUUUUGGACAAGUCAACCAUACUGACAGAUAG